AUCAAGGUGAAUAGAAAUGAUCUUCUGUUACAGGGGUACGACACGCCACUUACAGAGAUGCCAGAGGUGUUGCACAUUCGUACUUCUUCAGUUGGGAACACCAACCGACUAGAAGCUUAGAAGUAGACUGGCUCGACGCUCGUAACAUCUGCAGAAGACAUUGCAUGGACGCAGUUUCUCUUGAAACACCGCAGGAGAAUGAGUUCAUUAAACAGAGAGUUGUCCGAGGAAACGUGAGAUACAUUUGGACAUCCGGACGCAAAUGUAACUUCAAUGGCUGCGAUAGACAAGAUCUUCUACCGCAGAACGUCAACGGGUGGUUCUGGUCUGGUUCAGGGGCUAAAAUUGGUCCCACCACGCAACGUAACUCGGGUGACUGGAGUCACACUGGUGGAUACGGACAGCCGCAACCAGACAACCGUGAGGCUGCACAGGGCAACGACGAGUCAUGCUUGUCGAUGUUGAACAACUUCUACAACGACGGAGUUAAAUGGCACGAUGUGGCUUGCCACCAUCGAAAACCGUUCGUUUGCGAGGACAGCGACGAGCUUCUCAACUUCGUGGUUUCCAGAAAUCCUGGAAUACGCCUUUAAAAUUCACACAGCAGCUUCUAGUAAUUCUUG